AUGGCCGCCAUCACCGCACCCUCCCAUCCCGGCCUCGUCAUGCACGAGAUUGCCAAGCGCUCAAACUGGCCCGGCAAGAACGCUGGUGUCAUGGUUGUCUUUUGCAUCGUCUUCAUCGUCGGCGUGGCUCUGGUCGGCCUCUUGAUUAGCAAAUGGCUCAAGCGCCGCAAGGAGUCCAAGCCCGAACUGUAA